AUUCAUUUGUUUUAUCGCAGGAAAAUUCGUAGUUGGUGUUAAUCUUGGUGCAUCGGGGUCAAAUGGUUGCGGCGUACGCGAGUGAUCACGGAAGCGAGUUUUUCUUCGGUGAAACCGUGGCGGACGGAAGUGAGCGCGAUGGGGCGGAAGCUCCAGGUCCGUUCCGCUGCCCGAUUUGUGACGUGGUCACCGGAAGUCAGGAAGAACUCGAGUCUCAUUUCGUUCUGGUGCACGACGACCAACACAUGCAGGAGAAGUCGUGUGGGAAGCCAAAACAAGUGUUCCUGUCAUUUGAUUCUGGUGGACCAGGUUCUAUGUCGGGUGGUGUGACUGGCGAACAUGAUGGAGUCGAAGCCAGGCUUGUGGAAAUUAUAAAACAACGACCGGAAAUUUUUUAA